CAGAAGUAUUUGGGAGGGCCUCAAGGGGAUGGGGACGAGGAAGAAGUAGGGCCAGGGAUGCUAUGGGACAGAAGGAAAUAUCCAAAUAGUGGUUUUUGUGAGGGUUGAUGAGUAGAUAGAUAUUAUGAACCAUGCUUGGAUAGCAAGUAAGGGAGACCAAGGAAUGGUUAUAGAGAAGCUUCUAUUCCUUGGAUUCCACUUACAAAUCUUCAGGAGAUUGUCUAUUGCCCCCUUUUGGGAAGUCAACUAUGGGGUGGCACUGCUUAUCUGUACCAUAUUAGGAAUCUAGGGGGAAAAAACUCUCCCCAACCAACCCUUUGCUGGGAGCAAGGAUAGGUGUCAAGCAAUUAUCAUAAAUUGUUAGGGUGGAGAGUACCAAUAUUUAUAGUUCAAAUCAAUACAACUAGGGAGCAGGUUAUGAAAUUUUAGAGGGACAAGGAAUGAUAGGAUGGUAGGGGUUAGAAGGAUUUAAAAAAGAGACUGGGGAAACAGCUAAACUGAAGAGAGGUAGAGAUUUUUUUGUGGGGGUAGGAAGUCAAGCAUGGCUCUUGUGGAUAAGCAUGCAGGGUGGUUUGGGAAGUCGGAGCUGAAGGGGGAGAAAUGGCAGAUCACCAGAGACAGUGGGGACGAUGGGGCUGGUGGCUUGCAGAGGGGACUGAGCCUCUGCCUGUGAAGAGGCUUCAACUGUAUGCCCCCCCUCCUCCCCCAUCAUGGAGCCCUUGAAGGAGCGGGCUGGGUGGUGCGCAGGGUACCUGGGGGAGGAGGCUGUGGCUGAAAUGAGACCUUUGUUACAAGAGAACGCUAGCCAGGAUGGUAUUGAAAUGAAGGUUGAGCCCACAGGCUGGGGAUCAGACGAUCCAGAGUUAGAGGAGGAAGACACUGGUCCAGAUCCUGUGCGGGUCUUGAUGUUGCCACUUCAGGCCCAGCAUGCCAUGGAGAAGAUGGAAGAAUUUGUUUUGAAGGUUUGGGAGGGCCGUUGGCGUGUGAUGCCCUAUGAUGUGCUACCUGACUGGCUGAAAGACAACGAUUUUCUCCUACACGGACAUCGCCCACCCAUGCCUUCCUUCCGCGCCUGUUUCCGCAGCAUCUUCCGGCUCCACACCGAAACUGGCAACAUCUGGACUCAUCUGCUUGGAUUCCUCUUCUUCCUGGUUUUGGGCAUUGGAUACAUGUUCAGUCCCAACAUGAAAUAUGUGGCCCCCAUCCAGGAGCGUGUGGUUUUUGGCAUGUUUUUCCUCGGAGCCAUUCUCUGUCUCUGUUUCUCCUGGCUAUUUCACACAGUCUAUUGCCACUCUGAGAAAGUUUCUCGCACCUUCUCCAAAUUGGAUUACUCUGGAAUUGCACUGCUCACCAUGGGCAGUUUUGUUCCCUGGCUGUAUUACUCAUUCUACUGCUCACCACAACCCCAGCUCAUCUACCUCAUCAUCGUCUGUGUGCUGGGUAUAACUGCCAUCAUGGUGUCGCAGUGGGAUCACUUUGCCACGCCACAAUAUCGGGCAGUGCGGGCAGGUGUAUUUCUGGGCCUAGGGCUGAGUGGACUAGUGCCCACCCUCCAUUUCAUGAUCACUGAAGGUUUUAUCAAGGCCACGACAGUGGGACAGAUUGGUUGGCUCUUCCUCAUGGCAGUCCUCUACAUCUUGGGAGUGGGCUUGUAUGCUGCCCGCAUUCCUGAACGUUUCUUCCCGGGCAAGUGUGACAUCUGGUUCCAUUCUCACCAGAUCUUCCACGUCUUGGUGGUUGCAGCUGCCUGUGUCCAUCUUCACGGGGUCUCCCAGCUGCAAGCGUUCCGCUCAUCGCUGGGUGGCAGCUGCAUGGAGAACACUGUGCUCUGAUACCUUUUGAGGCUCCAGGGAUACCUGCUGAAUGAGGGCAGCCCUCCCAUCACCCUGAGCACUUCUGGAUAUGGACCACGAGGGACAGGGCCUCUCUUAAAGGGCACUGCACCAAGUCUCCAUUUGAAAAACAACCUUUGUGUCCCAGGUCUUCUUUGCGGUUGGGGGAAUGGCUCUCCUUUCCUCCAUUAGGGCAACCCACACAUUAGCCUAUGUAUGAUAUGUGUGAGCAUGUGGAUUACACAUGUGUGUGAAUUGCCAGCAACAAGUGUAGGGCUAAAGAGAUGGGCGAUAAUAGGGUAGGCAUUUAAUCCCUUCUGACAGCUUAUAAUGUAGGUUCAUGUGGGGAUUCAUAUAAGAGCACGAUGGAUGAGUACAGUAUCUCCCAUAAGCUAAGGAGAUGUCUUUUUUUUUAAAAAAAAAUGAAGUAUUCUCAGGUCUGUCCAAGCCGUGAAUAUUUGUUCAGUUCUCUUUGUGAACUGGUGCUCUUUUAAGAGGCGGCUUAUUUUCAGAUGGGUGCCAAGAAAGCAUGUUAUCUACUGAAAUACGCAACAAACUAUUUUUAUUCCAUCAAAAGUAAAAAGUGAGGGAGGAAACCCCCAAGGUAGGGUGAUUGAGUUGGCUUUGUUGCUGGACUGCUUGCUUCUCUAUGGAAAUGUAGAUUAUAAAUCUAAGAGCUAAGCCUACUAUCCAGACCAACAUCGGCAUGGAUGACUGGCACACAUCUAUUCUACCACCCCACCCCACCCCUGGGCUAAGGAUGGAUGCAGUUAUGUGCCAGCAAUCCCUCCAUUCUACCCUCCGAGAUUUGUAGAUGUCUAAAUGUUUUUAGGGUACAGAAAGGGAAACUUUUCUAAUCACGACUGCAUAGAGAGAGAGAUCAGGGCUUGGGCUGGAAAAGCCUCCAUUUUUUAAACCAUCAAUUUACUAGUUUGGAAAUUACAGUAGCUGUUGCUCAGUUCUCUGUUCUUUAAUCCCUGACAAAUAGCUUCAAGAGUAGGACAUUUCUUAAUAAUAGAUUGUGUGUAUGUCUGUGCAUGUAGUGAGGGAUCAGGUGACUUCUUCUCCCCAAGGAUCUCGAUUACAGCAAAUGAAAAUCAUCUGAACUGAACUCUCAUCGAUCCUCCGUCUUUUGAAGGACUGUCAGUCUAUUUGGUGUUUUGCUACAGAACCCUCACCCUUUCUCUGUUGAAGAUGCAGUGCGAAGGGAAAAGCAGAGUAACACAAGAGUCUUCUUUCUUUACACAUCCUUCCCUGCUACUAGAAGACCAAGGGGCUCCAACUUCCAUCCUGGAUGGUACAGUGAUGCAACUUCUUUGGAUGCUGUCAGUAAAACGGCAAUACCAGUCUUAUAGGAAAGAGCCUAGAAUCUGGGUCUGAACACUGAAAGUUCCCUGCAAUCAAAUCCAUAACCACUGGACUCCACCAUCAGCCAAGCCAAUUCCCAACAUUCUUCCCUAACCUGAUUGCCUUUGGAUUCUCAGUCUGCAUAACCAAUGUACCUGGAGAUGACCAGCUGCUUAAAGUCUGAGUAAAUGCCCAUCCUCUCUCUCCUGCAGCAAAUACAGUUCUUUUGAAGUGUUUUAAUAACUAUAACAAAGUAUUAGGAUGCUGAGGCAGGAUGGGGAGGCCAGUUUCUUAUUAAUUUAUUAUUAACAUCUCUCGAUCAAUCUAAGUGGCAUUUAGUACACUGGAGAUGGUUCUAGUUCUUUCAUGAUACAGUGGAAUUUAUAGGGAAAAGAAAUGGAGGAACAAAAAGAGGUCAGUUAUAAAGACAAUCAUCUGGAUUCUUUUGUGAAUCAUCUGCUUUGACUGAUAUGAAAACGUGUGAAGAAAAAAAGACCAUUAUCUAAGAUAUACCAUCAACUUUCUUCUGAGUAGAAAGCUGCAAUAUUCAAUCCAGAAACUGGCAGCUUUGAAGAAGAGGGGCAACUAGGCAUAGAUAUUUUUGCCUCUAGGCUAGGCUCUUUUAUGUGUGUGGGGGUGGGGGUGGGGGGUGUAGAAGCACUUUUUAUCAUGGUACAAUAUGGAGAAGGUGUGUCACUUCUCUAGAGACGAUGGGACAUGUUGGAAAGUGAGCGUGGAGACCAUGCUUCCAAAGGGAGAGCUAAGGGAGCAAGGUGAUCGCAUAACAAAAGGAUGCAUGGCUUUUGACCCACCAACCCAAACCCAGCAUAUUGGCAGGGUGUGGCAGCUUCCAAAAAGUUUGAUCACAAUCACAAGUCACAACCCAUACCUUUGUACAAUCCCAAGAAGGUAAAGAGAAUGACCUUGCACCUUCAGUGGAUUGCUAAGCAAUGCUAGUCAACUGGGUUUAUAUUGGAGACUGGGAUAACAAGUAAAGCAGGCUAGAUUUAACAGGAUAUAUACUAUUGAUAUGUUUCCCUGAGAUGAAACAGCCAAGAGGGACUCUCUUUUAAAAUACUUUUCCCCCACAUCCCCCCCCCUUUUUUUAGAAAUGCUUGAUUUUCUGAAUCGCUUGCUAGAGUACAAAUUUCACAGAAAAACAAUAAUUUCCCUCAAAUUCCUAGGUCCUAUUCCCAACCUGGAAAGAUGAAUCAACAGCUCCAACUUCCCAGUCCCAUUACAAUCCCUAAGGGGUUCUGCUACUUGGUGUGUCAUACCACAGGCCAAUUAAGUAUAAAUUAAAAUUAAGCACACUGAAGAAAAUUAAUUUACUACAAACCUCUAUACAGGGUUUAUGACUCCGCCUCGCAUUCCCAACUGUUUGAUUCAAAGCAGGGCACUUGCACAGCCAUUGAUACUAAUUGCUCUGUACAUAGUAAACUGUGAGUCCCUUUGUGAUAUGCUCUUAAACCCAAUGAUUCCUCACCCCAUACUGUAAAGUGUCUCCACUCUGUGCACUGUUCCAC